UGAGCGGCGCGGCGGCGGCUCCAUUGUGCCCUCGGAGCGGGCGGCGGCGCGAUGGCGCGGGCGACUGUGUCCCCGGGGCGGCGGGCGGCGCGGAGGGCGGGCUGAGCGCAUGGAGCGGCGCGGUCCGGGGGCUGCCGCGGCUAGGGGCCGGGCCAGGCCGGGCGCAGCCAGAGCCGCGGAGUCCCAGUUGAGGCCCAGCGGACCCAGCCUGUAGGCUGCUCUGUCGCCAAUGAACUCCAUGAACCCCAUGAAACCCGCCCUGCCCCCCGCACCACACGGUGAUGGUUCAUUUGCAUACGAGUCUUUGCCUUGGCAACAAGGCGCCACUCAGCCGGCCGGCUCGCUGUCCGUGGUCACCACCGUGUGGGGCGUCGGCAACACGGCACAGAGCCAGGUCUUGGGGAACCCCAUGGUCCCUGCGGGGAGCCCCCCUGGCAGCUCCAUGAUGCCUGGUGUGGCCGGCGGCAGCUCCGCCCUGACCUCCCCGCAGUGCCUGGGCCAGCAGGCGUUUGUCGACGGCAGUGCCAGCAAGGGCUACGUGCAGCAAGGCGUGUACAGCCGUGGGGGCUACCCUGGGGGCCCCGGCUUCAGCACCGGGUAUGCAGGUGGUGCAGGGGGCCUGGGCCUCCCCUCCCACACUGCCCGGCCCUCCACUGACUUCACACAAGCAGCAGCUGCUGCUGCCGUGGCUGCAGCUGCUGCCACGGCCACGGCCACGGCCACGGCCACUGUGGCUGCCCUGCAGGAGAAGCAGAGCCAGGAGCUGAGCCAGUAUGGAGCGAUGGGGGCCGGACAGUCUUUUAACAGCCAGUUUCUGCAGCACGGAAGCCCCCGGGGGCCCAGCGUCCCCGCUGGCAUGAACCCUAGUGGCAUGGGAGGGGUGAUGGGCCCGUCUGGCCUCUCCCCCAUGGCCAUGAACCCCACCCGGGCAGCAGGUGUGACGCCCUUGUAUGCAGGGCAGCGCCUGCCGCAGCAUGGGUACCCCGGGCCUCCCCAGGCCCAGCCACUGCCCCGACAGGGGGUCAAGAGGAGCUACUCGGAGGUGUAUCCGGGGCAGCACUACCUGCAAGGAGGCCAGUACGUGCCCAGCACUGCCCAGUACGCCCCCGGCCCCGGGCAGCCCCCCGCCCCCUCCCCCUCCUACCCCGGGCACAGGCUGCCCCUGCAGCAGCAGGGCGUGGGCCAGUCCCUGUCUGCUCCCGGCCCUGCAGGACUGCAUUACAAGCCCACAGAGCCGUUCAGCGGGCAGGGCGCCAGCUUCAACGGGGCCGGCGUCAGCUACAGCCUGAGUGGGCCUGCCCGUUCCAUCCCCGGCUACCCCAGCUCCCCACUGCCAGGGAACCCCACACCACCCGUGACUCCCAGCGGCAGCCUGCCCUACAUGUCUCCAAGCCAGGAGGUCAAGGCUCCCUUCCUGCCCGACCUCAAGCCAGGCCUCGGCUCCCUGCACCCGUCACCCUCUGGUGGCGGCCCCUGCGACGAGCUGCGGCUGACUUUCCCGGUGCGGGACGGGGUGGUGCUGGAGCCCUUCCGCCUGCAGCACAACCUGGCAGUGAGCAACCACGCCUUCCAGCUGCGGGACUCGGUCUACAAGACGCUCAUGCUGAGGCCCGACCUGGAGCUGCAGUUCAAGUGCUACCACCACGAGGACCGGCAGAUGAACACCAACUGGCCGGCCUCGGUGCAGGUCAGCGUCAACGCCACGCCCCUCAGCAUCGAGCGUGGCGACAACAAGACCUCGCACAAGCCGCUCUACCUGAAGCACGUGUGCCAGCCGGGCCGCAACACCAUCCAGAUCACCGUCACCGCCUGCUGCUGCUCCCACCUCUUCGUGCUGCAGCUGGUGCACCGGCCGGCCGUGCGCUCCGUGCUGCAGGGCCUCCUCAAGAAACGCCUUCUGCCCGCGGAGCACUGCAUCACCAAGAUAAAGCGCAACUUCAGCAGUGGCACCAUCCCGGGCACCCCUGGGCCCAACGGGGAGGACGGCGUGGAGCAGACGGCCAUCAAGGUGUCCCUGAAGUGCCCCAUCACCUUCCGCAGGAUCCAGCUCCCCGCCCGGGGCCACGACUGUCGCCACAUACAGUGCUUCGACCUGGAGUCGUACCUGCAGCUCAACUGUGAGCGGGGGACCUGGAGGUGCCCCGUAUGCAACAAGACGGCGUUGCUGGAGGGCCUGGAGGUGGACCAGUACAUGCUGGGCAUCCUGAUCUACAUUCAGAACUCCGACUACGAGGAGAUCACCAUCGACCCCACGUGCAGCUGGAAGCCCGUGCCCGUCAAGCCCGACGUGCACAUCAAGGAGGAGCCCGACGGGCCGGUGCUGAAGCGCUGCCGCACCGUGAGCCCCGCACACGUGCUCAUGCCCAGCGUGAUGGAGAUGAUCGCCGCCCUGGGCCCCAGCGCUGCUCCCUGCGCCCCCCUGCAGCCCCCCGCCGCCCCCGCCCCCGGCGACUACCCUGGCCAGGGUUCCAGCUUCCUGGGGCCCGGAACCUUCUCCGAGUCUUUUCCACCGACCACGCCCAGCACCCCCACCCUUGCUGAGUUCACCCCAGGGCCACCCCCCAUCUCCUACCAGUCUGACAUUCCCAGCAGCCUCCUGACGCCAGAGAAGUCGGCUCCCUGUCUCCCAGGCCAGAUGGCACCAGUGAGCCACCUGGACCCAGCCCACAACCCUGGGCCACCAGGGCUGCACACCUCUAACCUCGGAGCCCCCGCAGGUCCCCAGCUGCACCAUCCAAACCCUCCAGCAUCCCGGCAGCCCCUGGGCCAGGUGAACUCAGGGCCCACCGGCGAGCUGGCCUUCAAUCCUGCCACAGGCGUGAUGGGGCCCCCCAGCGUGUCUGGGGCGGGGGAGGCCCCGGAACCAGCUCUGGACCUGCUCCCGGAACUGACCAACCCGGACGAGCUCCUGUCCUACCUGGGCCCACCCGACCUCCCCUCCAACAGCAACGACGACCUGCUCGCUCUCUUUGAGAACAACUGACUCGCGGAUGUCACCAUGGCCCUGCCCGCCACGCCCCGCCCCGCGGGGCCCGCCGGGGUGGCCUGCGGGGCCCGGUCUGUGCUGUGGGGUGGGGUGGGGGCCCAGGCCAGAGGCCCGCCCUCCUCCAGGCUGGCCCGCUGCAGCACGGCUUUGGCCGGGGGGCCCUGCCCACCCCACCUCGCCAUGUCCACACUCCUCGCCCCUGCGUUUCCAGCCCUGCCUGCCCCCGCCCUGCCUGCAUCUUGUCCAGUGUUGACCCUUCUGCUUGAUCCCUUCUCGACCUCAAAGAGCAGGCGUGCAGCGAGGCUGGCCCCGUCUCCGGGCCUGCGGCCCCGACAGCCCCUGUGCCCAGCGUCCCCGGCUCUUGAAACCACAAGGCUCGCCGGCCAGCAGGGGCCUGAGCUCUUCCAGCCGGACCAGUCCCUGGCACAGCUUCAGGCCAAGGCCAGGGUGGGGCUGCCGCGGAGCACCAUGGUGCGCCCGGCGCAGGGACCCGGCCAGCUGAGGCAGGGCAGGCAGCGAGGCCACCUGCCCCAGAGCGCCCCUCUCCCAGCUUCCUGUGUGCGGACAGCUCCGGGAGGGACGUCCAGCAGGGAGGGCCGGGCUCCCAGCGCGCCCUGGCGGGACUGUCCAGUGGGCUGCGCUCCCGAGUCCCCUGCUGCCCGAAAGUGAAGUUAGUGCAGCUGUGUUUUUAAAACCGCCUCCCCUGGCUCCACCCUGCGGCUCGUGCCCGGGGAGGAGGCAGCUGCCGCCUGCUGGCCCGGGGCCCACUCUCCCGUCUGUGCGGUCUCUAUUAAAGGACUCCCUCCUGGUGGA